AUGUGCACCUGCUUCGGCAUCAACGUCACCUUUCUGGUCAUAAUCGGCGACCAGUUUGACCGCCUCUUCGGCACCUUCAUCGGCCCCGACUUCUGCACCACCCUCUGGUACAGUCGCAACUUCGUCAUCCCCGUCGUCGCCGUCUGCUUCAUCUGGCCCAUCUGCUACUUUAAGCGGCUCGACUUUCUGCGCUACGUCAGCACCGUCGGCAUCUUCGCCAUGAUCUACGUCGUCUUUCUCAACGUCUACGAGUACUUUGCCCUGGAGGUGACGCCCGGCGUCAUCAAGACGCAACCUUCAAGUGUGAUCGAGGUGGCCACCAGUCUGCCGGUGAUCUUCUUCGCCUACCAGUCGCACGAGAUUGUCCUGCCCAUCUACUCGAGCNGCUACUUUAAGCGGCUGGACUUUCUGCGCUACGUCAGCACCGUCGGCAUCUUCGCCAUGAUCUACGUCGUCUUUCUCAACGUCUACGAGUACUUUGCCCUGGAGGUGACGCCCGGCGUCAUCAAGACGCAACCUUCAAGUGUGAUCGAGGUGGCCACCAGUCUGCCGGUGAUCUUCUUCGCCUACCAGUCGCACGAGAUUGUCCUGCCCAUCUACUCGAGCAUGGCCAAGCCGCGCUCCAAGAACUUCAUCAAGUCGACGGCCGCCUCGCUGACCCUCCUCUUUCUCAUCUACACCAUGGGCGGCACCUACGGGUACCUCACCUUUGGCAGCAAGGUCAUCGCCGACAUUAUCAUGAUGUACGACGCACGCGAUCCGGUGGUCACUUCAG